GUCUAUUCUCACGGCAAUUCGCGUCUUUCUCGAUCGUGCCGCUAGACACAUCGCACUGCUUGAUACGGUCGCGACAUCCAGCGGCACGAUCGAGAAAUGCGGAACGCCAUGAGAUCGUGACGAUACGCCACAUUAUAAUUAUCGAAGUAUACUUGCCGUGAAGUUGGUCGGAGUAUUCUGAUUAGCGUCCACCAGGUCCGCCCAUGAAAUGCGGUCUGACGUAUCAGACUUUUGAAAGCAGGAAAUGAAAGGAUUAAAAAGUCCAAUUUAAAUAGACGUUUAUUUUAUUAAUAAACAACUUGUCUUAACAUUUUGAUAACUAGAGGAAAAUCACCGAAUUGAAUUAAUUACUUCAACUUAUAGCAGUUAACAUUCUUCCUUAAUUUACCUUUCAUAUAUUUAAUGAAUUGACACUUCAACACUAACGAAAUGGAUUUAUUACUUGUUAUAAGUGUAGCGUCUGGCUUCGUUGUUCUUAUAUGUAUGCUUUUUCUCCUUAAACAGAGACAAUCAAAAGAACCCGAAGGUCCACCUGCCCAACAAAUAAGAGCACAAGAAGCUGCAAGACCCAGACGAGUAGUUGCUGCAGCUCGUAAUCAAAGAGCUCGAUUGAGAACAGCAGGGCCUCAACAUCAUGAUUCUGAAGAAGACGAAGAUGAAGAGCCAAAAAUUGACAUUUCUGAUAAAGUGGGAGCAAAGAAACGAGCUAAAUUAGAAGCAAAAGCAGAACGAAAAGCUCAGCGAGAAGCAGAAGCUCAAGCAAGAGAAGAUAGAAAAAGACGACAAGAACAGGAGGAGGAAGAAAGACUAAAGGCUGAAGAAAUUGCUCAAAAAGAAAAAGAAAAACAAGAGGAGGAAGAAAGAAAAUUACGAGAGGAGAAAGAACGCCAGGAAAAUGAGGAAUACUUAAAGCUGAAAGCUUGUUUCAGUGUUGAAGAAGAGGGUUUUGAGGAAGAAAAUAUUGAAAAUUCAGAAGACAAUCUCCUACAGGAGUUUAUUAACUAUAUCAAGAAAACAAAAGUGGUGGUUUUAGAAGAUCUUGCUGUCACUUUUAAACUGAAGACUCAAAAUGUUAUUGACCGAAUCCAGGAACUUCAAAAAGAAGGUACACUCACUGGUGUUAUCGAUGAUAGAGGAAAAUUCAUUUAUAUUUCCGAGGAAGAGUUAGCAGCUGUAGCCAAAUUUGUGAAGCAACGUGGCAGAGUAUCUAUUUCUGAACUAGCAGAGUGCAGCAAUCAACUUGUCAAUUUAAAUCCUGAUGUUUCUGUAGCAUUGAAAACCCAGUUGUAAUUAAAUGAAAUAUAUUUUUAUCAUUGAAUAGUAAAACUUUAUUCCCAAAAGACUUAACUAUUCCCAAAUUCAUAAUUGCAUAUAUUCUAAAGAUUCUAAACAUGAAAAAUUAAACUUACUGAUUGCCCAUAAUGUAGAAUUUUGAAUGGGAGUGAAAGUGAUAAGAGGAAGAGGUUUGUUUCAAGGCAUGUUUCCAUUAUACAGAAAUUUCAACAAAUUGCAAAUUCCUAGUUACAUAUGUUUCUUCAGAAAGUAAAUAUCAGCAUUUUUUAUGACUACACAAUCAUAAAUUGGUUAUAACCAUGGU